CCCCUCCCCAAUAUUCCCAGCGCCACGAGGAGGAGGAGGGAGGAGGAAGAGGAAGCUCAUCCCGCAUCUUCCUCCCCAAAGCAACCAGCCCCAAAAUAGCUCCUUCCCCGCCGCACCGGCAAACCGGAGCCGGGGGGGGGGGGGGGGCGGCCCGGGGGGUGGGGGGGGGUGGGGAAAGCGGAGCGGGGUGGUGGGGGGAGGAGGUUUGGGGAGGUUUGGGGGGGGUCAGGCCGGCGGUGCUGAGCAUCCCCCGCUGGUGCCGGGCUCCCAACACGAUGCGUCAGCGAUUCAUCCGCGCUGCCUCCGCUGAAGGACAAAAGGAUGCGAGAGCCGCCUGCGCGGCUGCCGCCCGCACCGCCCGCACCGCCCGCAGCCGCGGGGCUCCGCGGGGCCCCCGCGCCCGUUAGCACCGGAGGAUGCCCGCCGGCCCCGGGACGGCCACCGACGCCACCGCCCCCCCGCCCGCCCGCUGAACGCGACACCCGCACCGGGCGCCGACGGAACGCGGGACAACGGACACACGAGAACGGGGGGACGGGACCCCCCCCCCCCGCAACCCAACCCCGAGAGGAGCCGCCGAGAGACGUGCCGGAGCUCACCCCCCCCGCGACACCCCCCCCGCUUUGGCCUUUCCCCUCCGCGGGUUGUUUUUUUUCUCUCCUUUGGGGGCUUUUGGCUAUUUAUUUAUUUAUUUUUCUAGACACCCCCCCCCGCGUUUUUUUUUCUUUUAAUUUUAAUUUAUUUUUUUUCUUUAAAUUCUUAAUAAUUUCUUCCGCGAUUUUUUCAGUUUCCUGAAUUCUUCAUUUUGAUUUUUGAUUUUUCACCUUUUUUAGUUUGCAGUUUCGAUUUUCCCAUUUUUUUAAUUUUUCUUUUCCGAUUGUUUUUUUAAUUUUCGAUUUCCGAUCUUUUAGUUUUAAUUUCCCUUUUCAAUCCCUUUUUUUUUUAAUUCUCCUUUUCUUUUAAUUUUCGAUUUUUUAAUUUUCCAAUUUUCCAUUUUUUAAAAUUUCCGAUUUUUUUUUUUUUUUGGUUGUUUUUUUAAUUCCAGAUUAUUUUUAAUUCACUCUCGAUAUUUGCGGCCGGGUUUCCGCCGCUCGGGUUUCUCCCCCGGGGGGGGGCUGCCAUGCCGGCCGGGCCGGGGCGGCCGCAGGGGCGGGGGCGGCGCGGGGCGCGGGCAGCGGCGGGAACGGCCGCGCUGGGGGGCUGCCGGGCCCCCGCUUAGCCGGGCCGCCCCCCGCCCGCCCCCCCGCCCGCACCCCUGCACCGCAGCCUCCAGGAGCCAUUUUGGCUUUUCUUUUUAAUUUUUAUUUGUAUUUUUAUUUAUUUUUCGGAGCCCCCCCCCCCCUUUUCCCCAGCCCCUCUCCCCGCUUUGCUCGGCGCUGAGCACCCCCCGGAGCAGCCCCCCCAGGUAGGUAGGGCUGGAGCGCGGGGCUCGGCCGGGCGUCUCUUUCCAACCCCCCCCCCCCGCUUCUUCUUCUUUAAUUUUUUGCCAAAAUUUUCAUAUUUCCUUCACCCCCCCCCCUUGCUUCCCUGCGCACCCCCCCACCCCAACACCGCGACCCCCCCCCCCCCUCUCCGGCCAGCCGGGCCCAGCUUGUCGGAGCCGGGAGAGGGGGGGGCCCUGAGCCAGUUUCUCCUUUUCACGCCGACAUCCCCAGACGAUGGUGAAUGAUGAACGUGCCACAUCAUGAAGCUCUUGUGGCAGGUAACUGGUCACCACCACCGCCGCCGCCGCGCCUGGAGAGCUGCCCUGGGCUCCUACCUGGCCCUCAACGCGUGGAUUCUAUACGUUACCGCCGCCUCGCCGGGACCCCAGAGCUGCCCCUCCGUGUGCUCCUGCAGUAACCAGUUCAGCAAAGUGGUGUGCACCCGGCGCGGCCUCGCCGAGGUGCCCCCCGGCAUCCCCUCCAACACCCGGUACCUCAACCUGAUGGAGAACAACAUCCAGCUGAUCCAGGCGGACACGUUCCGGCACCUGCACCACCUGGAGGUCCUGCAGCUGGGCAGGAACGCCAUCCGGCAGAUCGAGGUGGGGGCGUUCAACGGCCUGGCCAGCCUCAACACCCUGGAGCUCUUCGACAACUGGUUGACCGUCAUCCCCAGCGGGGCCUUCGAGUACCUGUCCAAGCUGCGGGAGCUGUGGCUGAGGAACAACCCCAUCGAGAGCAUCCCCUCGUACGCCUUCAACCGGGUGCCCUCGCUCAUGCGCCUGGACCUGGGCGAGCUGAAGAAGCUGGAGUACAUCUCCGAGGGGGCUUUCGAGGGCUUGUACAACCUCAAGUACCUCAACCUGGGGAUGUGCAACAUUAAGGACAUGCCCAACCUGACGCCCUUGGUGGGGCUGGAGGAGCUGGAGAUGUCGGGCAAUAACUUCCCCGAGAUCAAACCGGGCUCCUUCCACGGGCUCAAAUCCCUCAAAAAACUCUGGAUUAUGAACUCGCAGAUCAACCUGAUCGAGCGGAACGCCUUCGACGACCUGACGGCGCUGGUGGAGCUCAACCUGGCCCACAACAACCUCUCGUCCCUGCCCCACGACCUCUUCGCCCCGCUGCGGUACCUGGUGGAGCUCCACCUGCACCACAACCCCUGGGACUGCGACUGCGACAUCCUCUGGCUGUCGUGGUGGCUGCGGGAGUACAUCCCCACCAACUCCACCUGCUGCGGGCGCUGCCAUGCCCCGCUGCACAUGCGGGGCAGGUUCCUGGUGGAGGUGGACCAGACCUCCUUCCAGUGCUCGGCGCCCUUCAUCAUGGACGCCCCCAUGGACCUCAACAUCUCCGAGGGGCGGGUGGCCGAGCUCAAGUGUCGAACUCCUUCCAUGUCGUCCGUUAGGUGGUUGCUGCCUAACGGGACGGUGCUGAGCCACGCGUCCAGCCACCCGCGCAUCUCCGUCCUCAACGACGGCACCUUGAACUUCUCCCACGUCUUGUUGACGGACACCGGGGUCUACACCUGCAUGGUGACCAACGUGGCGGGCAACUCCAACGCUUCGGCCUACCUCAACGUGAGCACGGCCGAGCUCAACACCUCCAACUACAGCUUCUUCACCACCGUCACGGUGGAGACCACCGAGAUCUCCCCGGAGGACAUCUCCCCCAAGUUCACCAAGCCCGUGCCCACCACCUCCACGGGCUACCAGCCGGCCUACACCACCACCACCACCGUCCUGGUCCAGACCACGCGCACGCCCAAGCAGGUGGCGGUGCCCACCGCCGACGCCGGCGACAAGACGCAGACCAGCCUGGACGAGGUGAUGAAGACCACCAAGAUCAUCAUCGGCUGCUUCGUGGCCGUGACGCUCUUGGCCGCCGCCAUGCUCAUCGUCUUCUACAAGCUCCGCAAGCGGCACCAGCAGCGCAGCACCGUGACGGCCGCCCGGACGGUCGAGAUCAUCCAGGUGGACGAGGACAUGGCGCCCGCGGCCGCGGCGGCGCCGGCGGCUCCGGCCGGCGGCUCAGGUGAGGGGGCCGUGGUGCUGCCCGCCAUCCACGACCACAUCAACUACAACACCUACAAGGCGGCGCACGGGGCCCACUGGACCGAGAACAGCCUGGGGAACUCGCUGCACCCCCCCCUCGCCGACCCCUAUAUAAUUCAGACCCACCCCAAGGAGAAAGUGCAGGAAACCCAGAUAUGACUUCAAUUUUUUUUUUUUUUUGGGGGGGGCUUCUUUUUUUUCCCCAUUUCCCCACCCCCCCCCAAAAAAAAAAACAA